CCAAAAUCGGUGCGUUUAUUUUUGCACUUAUAUAGUCUGACGGCUGAGCCACAGAGUACUUUUUAUAUAUACGGGCUGACAAAAUAAAAAAAUAUGGAUGCCAUUACAAUAUUACAAAAUAGGAUCGAACAGUUAGAGGCCAAGUUGGGGCUGGCUGCAGGCGGCGCCUCCUCGCCUCUUGUUGACCCUAUGACUCAGCAUCAUCAGCAGGGGGACUCUGUCACUACGAAUCUCCUCAACACCGCCCAGGCUAUGAACAAUGCUACAGCAGGCUUGGAAAAGCUGCCUCAAGCGAUGAAUAUGGCCAGUGAGCUCAAUAACUACACUGACCCCAACUUCGUAGAAAAUAUGCAGCAAAAUGAGAUGCAUAUGCAAGAGGUGGCUGCUGCAGAACCUGCAAUCAGACAUCAUUGCCACUGUAUGCAUCGGUGCCAGCAGGGAGCUCCAGUAUUGGAGUCAGAAGCUAUUCAGCAAGUGCCACAGAUGCAGGCUGCAGUGAACAACCUGCAUGCUGCAGCAGCUGAAGUGAAAAUGGAGGCAGAUGCGGUAUCCCAAGGUGUUCAAGAGCUAGCAGAGACUUGUGGUCAGGCAGCAUCAAAUGCAUCUGAGCAACUAGCAAAUGUUGCCCAAAAGGUGGAAAAUGCUGAGGAAAAGAUGUUCCCUAAGAGAAGAAAUGGACUCGAUUGAAUUACUCAUGGACAAAGGCAAAUUUUUUGUUUGGUGCUUCACUCAGAUCUUGUGAUAUAUUUCUGAAUUAUUUAAUUUUUUGUUUGAAUGAGAUUAAAAUUGUAUGUAUA